AUGGCCCGCACGAGCGAGCUGCGAGCCAGGUACGGGUCCGUCCUUGUGCCCACGGGAAAACGGGACACGACCAUUGGCCUUCCGAAUCCCGCCGAGGGCGCGCCCAAGGUGCUGUUGCGUCAUGACGCCCAAGAGGCCAGGGCCAGCAAUAUCACAGAUUGA